CAGAGGGGAUAAUCGAGCUGUGUUAUUUUCUCGGGUAUUUGUUCCUAACCACAGACCAGGUCUAGGAACAGAUUAUCAAAACAAAUCGUACCUAAUAUUCCGGAGAAAUAAUUUCUGAGCCUGUAUCAGUGGUUAGGGGGGCAAUCAAAUUCUACUUAUGGAGCAAAAAUAUAUUGGCCGUUGCGCUGUGAAUGUCUGUGGUGCAGCAGCCGAAAGACCUCCAGCGGAGAGUCGCGGUAGCGCAACGCUUGCAGAAACAGUCCUUUCAGUUUACUGUUGUAUGGGCAUUGGGCAGAAUGGAGACCAAACCAGUGAUAACCUUUCUCAAAACCCUCCUCAUCGUUUACUCCUUCGUGUUUUGGAUCACAGGAGCGAUCCUCUUGGCAGUGGGAGUAUGGGGGAAGUUUAUGAUCGGCCCGUAUAUCUCUCUGAUAGCUGAGAACACCACCAACGCUCCGUAUGUCCUCAUCGGCACUGGGACUGUCAUCAUCGUCUUUGGCCUGUUCGGAUGCUUCGCCACCUGCAGGGGGAGCCCAUGGAUGCUCAAACUGUAUGUAAUGUUCUUGUCCCUGGUGUUCCUAGCUGAGUUGGUGGCUGGGAUCUCUGGCUUUGUUUUUCGUCAUGAGAUAAAAGGUACCUUCCUGAGGACGUAUACUGACGCCGUGUUGAAUUAUGAUGCUGAGGAUGAGAAGAGCCUGGCUGUGGACAACGUCCAAAGCAGCCUGCAUUGCUGUGGGGUGAACAACUACACCAGCUGGUUGGGCAGUGUGUACUACCCUGCUAACGGUUUUCCCCUGAGCUGCUGCUCCAACUCCUCUGACUGCAGCCCUCAGGACCUCCGCAACACCACCAUAAACCACACCAAGGUCUACCAGCAGGGCUGUUAUGAACUGGUAACCUCCUUCCUUGAGACCAACAUGGCCAUCAUCGCGGGAGUAACAUUUGGAAUUGCCUUCUCACAAUUGAUUGGCAUGUUGCUGGCCUGCUGUCUGUCCAGGAUCAUUACUGCUAAUCAGUAUGAGAUGGUGUAGCAGGGAGAGCAGGGAGAUGAAGAGGAGAGGGAGAACAGCACCUUGAGGUACCAUUCCUUAACUUGAUACUGUGCCAUGAAGACUUUCGCACAGUACCUUCAACUCCACUGAGGGACUCAGGCUGCAGUUGGAAGUUUCUAGUAAGCACUUAUGUAAAAAUCAGCUUACCCUCCCCAAUGCAACACUGACCUUGGUUAAGCAUCUAUGGGCAACUUAAUCCUGCUCCAUAUUACAAGUUUAGCCAUCUCUAACACUUUGGGUAGAAGUUGUCCUUAGGGACAUAUCUAGGAACAGGUAACAUGAAGCCUUGAUGCUAAACUUAACUAUUAGGGUGAUGAAUGGAUAUCUGACCCUGCAUCAGUGCUUAGCGCCAACAUCAUCCUGCCCCUUAGCAGUCUUUGUCUCACUGUCCUCUCACAGCACCCCCUUGUGGUCUGGCAUGCUCCAUACAGGGCCUAGCAUUUAAAAAGCAAUGCACAGAUUUGUAUGAAAUGAUUAACCCAUAUUUAAAGAUAUACAGUAGCCAGCAUACACUGUAUUUUCAUAAUGUUUUUGAUCACCGCUGUAAAUACCCAAGCUACACACAUAUAGAGAAGAUAUGUUGAUAUAACAUUGUAAGAGCAUUUAGAGCUAACUUUUAGCCUUUCAUUUGCAUCCCUGCUUCAUGGAUGAUAUCUCAGACUUUUGUGUCCAUAUAUAUGAUGUUAGCUUACAAUGAACUAGCUGUGUAAUCAAUUUGGUCUCUGGAUGUGUAGAUGUCUUAAUAAUUAAUAAUUUAUUAUUAUAACAAUUAAUGAAGUGUGUGUCAAGUUUGGUUCGGAACACUGAGCUGUUCCGAUUUAAUAUAUGUGAGCGUAGGUUAUUUUAAUAUAUAUGAGCCCCGAAUUUUGACGGAUAAAUAUAUUCUUUAUUGAUUUGAUGGAUGUUAUGUGUUUUUGUGGCACAUGUUGAGAUGUAUAGGCUUAUGUUUAUUUCAUGUUGUUUUAAUAGUAUGUCUGCCUUUCUGUCUGCACACUUACGAGUGAGAAAGAGUUGAGGUGGUUACAAGUGGGUAGAGUCGUCUACUGGAAUUGGGUGGGAAUAGGGUGGGA